GUUCAGGCCAAUCUGUAUGGCAUGUUUCGAGAUAGCAAAUUCUAUCCGGACCCAGAAACUUUCAAACCAGAACGAUGGUUGAAGGAAAGUGACAUGGAUAAGGAACUGAAAGGAUUCUCUAACCUCGUCUGGGGUCACGGUGCCAGAAUGUGCAUAGGGCGAAGAUUUGCAGAACAGGAAAUGUACAUUGUUUUGACAAAGAUUGUACAGAACUUCAUGAUUGAGUACAACCACGGAACAGUGGAGCCCGUGUUGAAUAUGGUGAUGAACUCCGAUCGUCCUCUUCUGUUUUCGUUUAUUCCAAGGAACGGAGAAAUUCUCUAACAAGUUACAUUUUGACACAAUUUUAUCGUGUCUUUACACAUACUACGUAUUUCAGAUAGCAUCACCACUGUGCAUCAUCUGUGUUAUUUCGUAUUGUUCUUUAGAGUUCGAAGUACAAUUUCAAUGUUAAUCAAAGCCUUACAAAUACUCUAUGCUUGUAAACGAGAAAGGAGUUUCUUGUUUAUUUUAAUUAACAAAAUAAUCAAAAUUUCAAAAAAAAAUGCAUUAUGUUUAAAUGCAGUGUUUAAUUGUCGAAUACCAGGUAUGUAAUUUGACAACAGACAAUAAAAUCUUGUUUUCAUACUUUGUAUGACUUAAUUUUAAUGCUUUACUCAGACUUUUAAGUAAGAUUUUAAAGAUGUUUCCUUCACUUUCUAGAUCUAAUUUCACCAAAAACAAAACAUCAACUUCACAACGUGUACGU